AUGCAUAGAAAUUUCCUUACUCCCUACCACUCAGCGAGUGAGUAAAAAAAUCUUGUUCACUCAUGGAGGGGGCUAAAGUUUUUAAAAAAAAUUAUAUUUUUUCGAAUUUUUAAAAAAUCCGCAAAGAGUAAAAACAACAUUUAUUUAAUUUGCAAAAUUUAUGUUUUAAAACGCAAAAUUAAAACAGAAUUAGCUUGCAAAGGAGGGUUAGAUUAAUAUAUAAUCUUAUAUUUUUUGCUUAUUAUUUAUAUUAUAAUAUGAUCUUUUUCUGAAGGGCUAAACAAGCCAGCUCUUUUAACUGCGUUUUCUGAUAUUAUCAAACAACCCUAUUCAUUCAAUGCAUGAGUUCAUCCAAUCAAGUCUUUGAUAAUUCUGCCAGAAGGCCUCAUGAUCUGCGUUUUUUGCUGUUUAUCUUUCCUGCAUAA